CUUAACGACCAAAUACAAAAUCUUUUGAACCAAAUUACGAAAUUUGCAAUUUUAUCUUGAAAAUAAUAUGCAAUUCAUAUGAACAAGAAAAAAUGGUACACGUAACCGCAGUCGUAAGUAAUUAAAUACCAUCCUCUCCUAUAAUUACCUCGAUAUGUUUGCCCGUCCGCCACCGUCACCGGCUCAAGGUGGACAUCACCCAAUCACCCGUUUUCUUCUUGCCCUCGUCAAUGUAAGCGGUCACAUUCCUGAGACAUUCCUCGUUCAGUCGACUCUGUGUAAUAAUCGGAGAAAAUCCCCCUUAGGUUUUUUGAAAAGCGAAAAAAACCCUAGGGUUAGUUCUUAGUAGUCUAUGGCGGUGAUAGUACCGGCGAGCACGAGUUUGUGGGAUGGAGUGUUGGAAAUGACAAAAUCUGCUCAAAGUAAGGGCGCUGACCCUUUGAUGUGGGCGGUUGAGCUCUCUUCUUCGCUCUUGUCUGCAGGAGUAUCCAUGCCUUCAACUAAGGUCGCUGAAUUACUCGUUUCUCACAUCUGUUGGUCCAAUAACGUUCCAAUUGCUUGGAAGUUUCUCGAGAAAGCCCUCUCCAUUAGAAUCGUUCCGCCAAUGCUCGUUCUCGCGCUUCUUUCCAACAGAGUAAUCCCAAGCCGAAGAAGCCACCCUGCUGCCUACAGGCUUUAUUUGGAGCUCCUUAAAAGGCACAUUUUUCCAUUAGCUUCGGAAAUUAAUGGUUCAAACUAUCACAAGAUCAUGGAAUCUAUAAAUGAUGCUCUUCACCUCUACCAGAAAUUUGGUCUGGAGUCAAGUGAACCUGGGAUUAUCUUGGUUGAAUUUAUAUUUUCAGUAGUGUGGCAGUUACUUGAUGCGUCACUGGAUGAUGAAAACUUGCUGGAACUUGUACCUGAUAAGAAGUCUAUAUGGCCUAUCAAAUCACUCGAGAUGGAAAUCGAUGAUUUUGGAGAAAAGAAAACUGAUUCUCACUCUCACCAGGGACUCUACAAAAUGAACACCACAAUGGCCAUUGAGAUUAUCGUACAACUUUUCCGUAAUAAAGCAACUUCCAGAAUUUUGAACCUGGCACGCCAGAAUAUGUCUGCACAUUGGAUGUCUUUCAUUCAUCAUUUGAGGCUGCUUGUAGCAAACUCAACAGCUGGAAUGCAAAGGCAAAACAAUAUCUCUGCAACAGUUUCAUGCAAUAGCUGCUUGUGGAUCACUUAUAUCAUCUGCAGGCCAAAGUCAUGGGGCUAG